AUGCAAACUAUGAAUCCUGAGCAAGCAAUGUAUUUUCAAAACUUGAAUGACUAUCCUCAACAUCCAAACGGUCGUUUCACCGUGAAUGGACAAGAUUACGAUUCACAAAUACCUAACUUAUACAACCAACCUGGAUAUUACCCUCAAAUGCCCACCGUGUUUCAACCACGACCAAUGUAUAUGAAUCAAUCUUAUGGACCACAUGGCGCAUUUCUCUAUCCAAAUAAUCUCUCAAAUGCACAAGUUCCUCUUAUCCGACCACCGAAUGAAUCGCAAAAUACUGCACCCAGUGCAACGCCGAGUGCAGCACCGAGUGUACCACCGAAUUAUAGAAUGCCACUAUUUGUACCGUCACAACAAACUGUACCGUCUCAAGUAUAUCAACCUGCCCCUAACCAAACAUCCAUACCGCCAUACCAAACAACUACUCCAAUACCUACCACACCUUAUUUUGUGUCUAAUAGCGGACAAAUACUAUCGCCGAUCAGUCAACCAUAUGUGUAUUCAUCUCAGUCUUCGCAAGUCCCAGAAAAACGUAAAAGAACUCCGUUAGCAAUUGUUGAUCCAUCAUCUAAUCAACGUGUGGACACAAGUAGUCCAUCGAUAAGCGUGUCGUCGUCAGUAGCAUCGAAUGAAGUUAAAAAACCCUUUUCCGAUAAGAAAGCAUGCGUUUCAGUCAAUGGUGGUUCAGUUACAAAAACUAGUCAAGUUGAUGAUCAUAUUCAAAAUGAUGUCGAUGAUAAAUCGAGUAGUGGAACCAAUCAAAAUGGUGUUGAUGAUGAUAAUGAACAAGAUUGUUCGGAAUUAUCAGAACAAUACGAAAUCGAAUCUUCACAUUCGGAUAUUGUGAAUACCCAUUCGAGUAAAAUUAUGGUAUCACAAACUAAACACCUACGAACGAGAAUCUUUUAUUCCCGAAGUGCAAGAUCUGAUGCAGACAAUCAAUUAACAGACGAAAGAUUAUUAUCUUCCAGCCAUGUAGAACCACCUCAACAAACGUCAUCAAGCGAGGCAUCUGAAGAUAUUCUACCGACAUCUACCGUAACCGAUUCGCCACAAUCAAAACGUCUCCAAUACAGUAUUCAAGAACUUCUUAGUAAACGUUCUGCUCCCCUUGCACAGAAACGACCAACAAAUUUGAAAUUUGUCCGUGAGAUCGAGACUGGAAAACAAAAGACAGUCGAUGCUACCGCUCAAUUCAUUCGGGAUGUUCGAUUAAUCUUAAACAAACUAACACCACAAAACCGAACAAUACUAGUCGAACAAUUGGAAAAACUUGAACUUGAUCGUCACGAACGAUUAGAAGGAAUGAUCGAUAUUAUCUUCUCGAAAGCUGUCGAAGAACCUAAAUACUGUUCGAUGUAUGCUGAAUUAUGUGAUAGUUUUCAAAAGAAACAAAUCACAGUACCAAAUCAAAAUGGUCAGACAACAACAAUUUCUUUUCGACAAGUUUUAUUAUCACGUUGUCAAACACGUUUUGAAAAUGACUAUCGAGUAGACAUUAACUAUGACCAACGAAAAGCAGAUGUUGAUAAAAUCACCGACGAAAAACUUCAGAAAGAAGAAGCCGAAAACUUAGAAGAAGCUUUGAACAAAGCAAAACGACGACAUUUCGGCAAUAUCCUCUUUAUUGGUGAACUAUUUAAACUGGGCAUGUUAACAGAAUCCAUCAUGUAUAGCUGUAUGGAAAAUUUACUGAAAGACAAAACUGAUGAGGAAAAUCUCGAAUGUUUAUGUCGCCUUCUACGUACUGUUGGCAAAACAUUUGAUGAAAAGCAACAGAAACCAGCGAAUAAGAAAGCAAUGGCCAAAACCUACCAUGAGUUAAACGACAUUGUCCAACAAAAUCAAAUAUCACUACGAACACGAUUUAUGAUUCAAGAUCUGUUAGAACUGAGAGAGGCUAAGUGGAUUCCUCGUAUGGCUGAAGCCAAACCAGUAACCAUCGAUGAAAUUCAUGAACAAGAUCGACGCAAACGUGAACAAGAAGAACGUGACAGACAACAACGAGCAGAUCAAUAUCGAAACAAUGCCGGUGGAAAUAACAAUUACGGAUCGGGUAAUCCACCAUUAUAUACAGGAUCGCGAGGAAGUCGAGGCAGCGGAUCAAAACAACAAUCAAAUCGACAAGCUUCAGAUCGAACCGAUAAAGGCUUUAACGUGAACUCCAUACGACAAUAUCAAUCAACAGACAAGAAAGCUAAUGCACCACAAUUGAAUCUAAAACCGCAAGGAGUCUGGGGUAAAGCAAGCACAACUGAAAAGAAAUCUGAAGAUGAUCAAGCCAAUGCCAACCGAACCACUAAACCUUUGACAACUUCUAUACCAUCGUUCCGCCCACAAAACAUGCUAUUCUCCAAAGCUGUCUCUAACUCUACCCAACGCCCGCCAGUCAAUGGAUUAUCACGUGAUAACGAAGAAGUCAACUCCAGUAACACAUCAAUGUCAAAUUCACGUGAAGGAUCACGUGCUGUCAGUCGUGAACAAUCUCGUAAUGCUUCACCAGAUCCAAGUACGGCUAAAAGAUCUGCAACUUCGUCAACGGAAAAUAGUCAAGCGUUCGAUGAGGGCAAAACUCAAUCUCGCGUACAUGCAUUAACUGAAGAAUAUACAGAAAAUUAUUCCGACCAACAUGAUCGCUCUGUGAAAGAAGCUAUUGAAGAUUUGACUGAUUUUUGCACAUCGAACACUGAUCAACAAGCAAUUAUCAUUCGAGAAUUAUUCACGAAUGUGUUAGAAGCGAAACCACGUGCACGAAAAGCUAUCGGACACCUACUUGGCUGUGCUUUCAGAGAAAAAGUUAUAUCAAACGACGGAUUCCCCACUGGUUUUCAAAUGGUAGUUGAAGCUGUACCCGAUUACAUAGUCGAUAUUCCAUUCAUUUGGCAAUAUAUAGGUGAAAUCCUUGGUGCAUUUAUGGGUGUUGUAGAAUCGAAUAUGAUGUUAUUGAAAUCUAUCUUACAAUCUGUUCCCGAUGACAAAUCUAAACAAUUGUUUCAAUACAUUAUUCGAUACGCAUCAGAAUUUUCUUCCAAGCCUCAAGUGCAGAAAUCUUGGGAAUCAACUGGUUAUUCUCUCAAUGAUCUAUUGAAGUCGAACAUGGUUGACUCUUCGUUCCUUAAUGAAUACAAUUGGUUAUCUGAACAAAAAGAAAGCACAUCCUCAACUACCAGCACCUCAAGUUCAAUUGCAGCUGAUCCUAAAUUGGUUCAAUUAUUUGGAAAAGAAGACGAGGAAUGCGCGUCUGUGACCAACACUAAUAUUCAAACCUAUAUUCAGAAACAUAUGAAUCCGGCCAGCAAAUACUAUAUUCGAAAUAUAGUUUUAUCGUACUUGGAAGCCCGUUUAGUCGAUCGCGAUGAAAAGCAGUCAAUACAAGAUUUCAUUGAAAAACAAAACAUGAAUAUUUUAUGUAGUAUAAUCGAAACGAAACCAGAAGAUGAAAUUCAAGCAGUUUACGCUAUUCAAAAUUUUGUCACCAAACUUGGACAUCCAUCAAAAAUGGCACAACUACUAUUCGAUAAAUUCUAUGACGCAGAUUGUGUGAAAGAAGAAACGUUCAUUCAAUGGCUAGAGCACCCGGAUGAAUCUGAACGUGAUGGCCAUGACGAAAUUGUGAAAUCUACGACCGGAUUUUUUAAUUGGUUACGGAAUGCUGAACCCGAAGAGGAAGACGUCAAAGAAUAG